GGAGCAGAUUUAGAGACUAGACUUAAUUUGAAUUGUGACGACCAUGAAGCGACAUCGAGUGGCUUUGGCCUUCCGUGCAGCCUUUUUGACUUCAUUGCUGGCAGGUUGUGCUAGCAUCUCAAUCAAAUGCGAUCCAGGCUGGUACGGUUUGCCAGAAUCUCAAUCCUGUUUCCGAUUCAUGCGACACUCUGAGAACAACUAUGACAAUUCUCGAACCAUUUGCCAAAAUUUAGGCGGAGAAUUAGCCAUUAUUGAUACUCCCGAUCGAAGGAAUUAUGUGGCCUCAGUCAUUGGUCAAAUUCACGAGUCAACCUCCAAGUGGUGGGUAGGAAUUCAUUUCAACGAAGACGGUGCGAAGUGGGUGUGGGGUGAUGGAUCCGCUUUGAAUGAGAACAUUACACCAUGGGACGAUAAUGACGAGAACUUGGAAGGCAAAUGUGGUGGCAUCACUCAUAAUGGCAAGUUGUCCAAAACUGAUUGCUCCACUGCUUGGGAUUAUGUGUGCCAAAAGAAGAUUGGAUCAAAAUUCGAUUGCCCCUUGAAUUGGGAUCCUUUUGGUGAUUCGUGCUAUAAGACUUACAUGGAGGAAGAACCCAAAGGUUUUGAAGAGGCACAAGCUCAUUGUCAAUCAGAGGAUGAGUCAUCUCUCGUGAUCAUUGAGACCGAGCACGAAAACGCUUUCCUGGCCGACAUCUCAACCGCUUUCAAGAAAACAUUUUGGAUUGGAGCUUCGGAUAACGCCACCGGAAAAUUCUAUUGGCUCGAUGGAACUGAACUUGGACAGGAGCCUCAUGAUUUUCAAAAUUGGGGCGACGAACAACCGGUGAGUACAAACACAAGUGCAGUCUACUUGGAUCCGAAUAAUGAAGGCAAAUGGAUCACCAUGGCAAAAAGCGAGCGCCAAGCAUUCAUAUGCGAACGCGCCAAAGGAGCCUUUUGUCAAAUGGGAUUGCAACCCGGACCCUCUGAUAAAUGCUACGACUUCAAUCUCAAUCUACAAAAGACAUUUGCAUGGGAUCUAAGUCAAGUUACUUGCGAGAAAUACGGAAUGAACUUAGUCAGUGUGUCAAGCAGUGAAGAGAGCGAAUGGGUCAAUAAAGCUCUCUACGAUUCAUAUUUGUUCUCGGAUGGGAAUCAAGUAGCAGAUGGAACAUGGAUUGGCUAUAAAGAAAAAUCGGACAAACCAGAAGACGACGGAAAGUUCUCGAACAUCGAUGGCACGAUUGACCUUGAUAAUGAAGGAGUAUUUGAUGGUCGUCAAGAUGACUUGGUUUACCAGAAAACCAUACAAGAGUGUCUUUACAUGAAAGUAUGCCUCGAGAACGAAACUGACGAGACCUGUGACUUUCUUUCCACGAAGGACAAGCGAUGGUUCAACUCACCCUGUGACAUGACUGGGAUCGACCAGCCAUCUCACACCUAUGCUUGCGAAUCCCUCCAAGGGAAAGAUUUAGAUCUGUCCAAUGCCAUUCAAGUUAAUCAAUCGUGUCCGGAGGAUUGGAGGGGUCCAUUCGUCGGAUUUUGCUAUAAUCCUCUUCCGGUGGAAGUGACUUGGGGUGAGGGGGUGAACAUGUGCAAGGACCUGAAUGCUCAAGCGAAUUUGGCCAGUAUUCUGUCUCCAUUGGAGGAUCAGUAUGUGAGAAGCCUCAUUUUAACCCUGAAGCAUGAUGCGUGGAUUGGUCUGAAUGAUCGAUUGACGGCGAACUCUUGGCAAUGGUCCGAUGAAUCGCCUUUCAACUAUGCAGGGUGGGCCGAAGGUCAACCGAAUGAUUAUGAAGAGGAGAGCUGUGUGGAAAUCAAUCCGUCCAGGGUUGGGUGGAACGAUGACAAGUGCUCGAAUAAGCAAUCUAUUGUGUGCAAAGUGGCUGCAACCACGCAACAAGGAGACGAACCCGUGGUCCCACAAACCACGACCGCUAUUCCAACGGAAAAUUGCGGUUAUGGUUGGUUCGAUUUUCCCGUCUUGAACAACGGCAAAUGUUACACUAUAGUCGAAGAGCUCAUGUCAUGGAAUUCAGCCCAAACUGAGUGCGAAAUCAGAGCCGGCUAUCAGAGAAGUGGAAAUCUGGUUUCCGUGAAUUCAAACGAGGAAAACAUUGCCCUGGCUACCUAUUUGAGUUCCACGGGACAAAAUGGAGCUCAUUGGAUCGGAUUAAACGACUAUAAUGCGGAGGGUGGGUUUGAAUGGCGCGAUGGCUCCCCUGUUACUUUCGUGUCUUGGGCGGAUGGCGAACCCAACGCCAUGGUGAGCUUUGAGGAUUGUGUGGAGAUGGCGGUGGAUGACUCGCAAGUGAAAUGGAAUGAUCAUCACUGUAACAAAACCAUUCCGGCCAUUUGUCAAAGACAUAGUCGACACUAUGAGCCUCCAACUAAGCCGCCUCCAACAAAACCACAAUGUCCUGAUGGUUGGUUGCCUACCAUGGAUAAAUGCUACUGGUUUUCCGCCCCAAAAGAUGUGAGUGCCUCAAAUUGGACACAUGCCAAGGAUCUGUGUAAAAGUCAAGAUCCACUAGCCUCCUUGACCACAACCAUCAAUCAAGAGGAAAGAGAGUUCGUAGCAGCCCAUAUCUACGGCAAAAGUUUUAUUGGAGCCACUGACGUGAAUAACGAGGGGGAAUGGGUUUGGGAUCAGACUGGGGACAUUGUGCAAGUCAAUUUCUGGGCUGAAGGAGAGCCCAACGGCCAGGACAAGGAGAACUGUAUGGCCAUCGAUCAUGAAGGGAAUUGGGCAGAUGUACCAUGUACCGUGGCCGAUAACAAGCAAAUGGAUUUUGUCUGCAGUGUUCCAAACGACAUGUGUCCCGAGGACUGGAUCUAUUUCGACGGGCAUUGCUGGAUUUUCCACGACGACAUCAAAGAUUUUGAUUCAGCCGAGCAAUCGUGCGGAGAGCUGAACCAUCGGGCUCACUUGGCCAGUGUUUUGAAUCGAGAGGACAAUUGGUUUGUUCGUCAUUUCAUAAGUGAAGAUCAACCCGCAGGAAAUUGGUUAGGACUCAAGUUGGACGGUGAAGAUUGGACUUGGACGGACAAAAGCCCCUUGGGGUACACCGACUGGGAUGCUGACGCCAACGAGCCAGACCAGCCGGAAGAGCAGAAGUGUGGUUGGGUGGACCCAGCAUCCCGAAUGUGGCGAUCAGGCCAAUGCAACAAUGACAAGAACUUUAUGUGCAAGUUCGAACCAACUCAUGUGCGCGGUUGUGAUCCUGGUUGGGAGCUUUGGGAGGAAAGCUGUUACUUGGCUGAAACAAUAGCCACCGAUUGGACAUCAGCUCAAAGGGAUUGCGUUGUUAAAGGAGGAGAUCUCGUGUCAGUGGAAAGCAAUGAAGAAAACGACUUCAUCAACACGCUGAUCCACACUCAUUCAUAUUGCAAGAGUGGCUGGAUCCCGGAUCUAGAUCUGAAACGGUGCUUUAAAAUCAUCUCGACUGAUAUGGUUUGGGAGGAUGCAGCGAAAGAAUGUGACCUCAUGGGAGGAACGUUGAUUUCCAUCAAGUCCGAGGAGAAGAACACAAAAAUGCUAGAUUUAGUCAAGAAUGCUAACGUUUAUAAGAUGUGGCUUGGAGCCACUGACAAAUUAGAGGAGGGUAAAUUCAUGUGGUUGGACGAAACACCUAUCGACGAUGGAUAUAUGAACUGGAUGGAAGGUCAACCUAGUAACGACGAUCCCGGAGAGCAAUGCUUGAGUAUGCUUGUGCAAGAAGAUUAUUUUCAAGAGCCAGGAAAGUGGAACGAUGAUAAGUGUGAUUCAACCGAAAAAUUUAUCUGCGAAACAAACUUUCAGGAUGAAGAAGCGCCUGUCGAAAAGAUGUGGAUAGGCUUGUCAGACUUGGAAUCUUUAAUGACAUUCAAAUGGUCGGACCACCAUCCAGUUCAAUUCACCCGAUGGGGUAGCAAAGAACCAGAUAAACAUGCUGGCGAUGGAAAAGAUUGCACUUAUUUUGACAGAAAGGAUCAGACUUGGAAUUUAAGGUCUUGCUCAGAUCCCUUCCAAUCAAUUUGUAAAAAGCCAUCCAAAAUCGUACCCACCGAAAACCCUCCGUAUGGAUGUAAUGUGGGUGAGAUUGCUUUCGAGGGGUCUUGUUACGAAUUUCAUGGAGAUGCUUUGUCUUAUUUCGAGGCCAAAGCUAAAUGCCAAGAUACAAAUGGCGAUUUGGUUUCUCUGAAUACAUGGGAAGAAAUCGAUAAGAUCACGUCGGUGGUUGCUGAGCAUCCACAUCAUUACUGGAUCGGUUUGAUAUCCCAUGAUGGAGCGGAGUUUAUUUGGCAAGAUGGAUCGGCGGUCUAUGAAACCAAUUGGGGCCCAGAAGAGCCAAACAAUGAGAGAGGACAGUGCGUCCACGUCAUGGACAGAGUGGCCAUCGGGAAAUGGGAGGUUCAAGACUGUUCCAACCAACACUCUUACAUAUGUGAGAAACCCAGGGCGGGUUAUACGGUUCCUCCCCCUCCUCCAACCUCAACUUACGUCCCCAUCAAUUGCCCAGACACGUAUUCUUGGGUUUCGUAUGAAGGUCAUUGCUACAAAAUAAUCGAGGACUCGGCUGGCUUUGAAGCGGGCAGAGACGCUUGUCGAGCACUUGGAGCUGAUGCGGUUUCAUUUACUUCCGAGGAAGAAGAUACAUCUGUUGUGAGUAAGCUGUUAGUGACAAGCUGGUCAACCAGUUUCUUCAUCGGUCUGAGAUUGAGCGAAAAUCCAGAAGAGGGCUUCUAUUGGGUGGACGGAUCGCCCGUCAAUUACGUCAACUGGAUCUCUGACCCCACAUCUGACAAAUGCGCCAUUGCAACAACUGAUGGCACUUCCUCGCUAGGGUGGCAGUCAAUGAAUUGUGAGGAGUCAUAUCCAAUCGUUUGCGAAAUAUCUCAAGAUCAAAUACCUACCACGCCCCCUCGACCCACCAGUGAGCCCGAUAUCCCCUGCGAGGGGAGUGAAGGCUGGUGGCAACGUGAGAGCAAUGACGAGUUUUGUUACAAGUUUGAUGCUACAGGCAACUCGUGGUUUGAUGCCGAGAAGGCUUGCUCAAGUGAGAAAGGCCAUCUUGUGUCGAUUCAUGAUAUGGCCGAGAAUGACUACAUUUUUGCCAAAAUGCAUCAAGUGUAUGCCGAUACACUAUGGAUUGGAACCACUCGACGCUUCUCAGAAAACUGGAUGUGGAAAGAUCAAUCCCCUAGCGAUUUCUUCAACUGGGCCCCCGAUGAGCCCAAUAAUGACAUGGGCAUGGAAAGUUGCGGGAGAAUGUACAUCGCACAACAGUUCGGCCAAUGGAACGACGAUCAUUGCGGAGAAAGGGCCUCAUUUGCGUGCAAGAAAUAUCGAGACCCUGAUGCCAUCACUAACCCACCUAUUACGGCCACGCCACCUGGACAUUGUCCGCCAGACCAAGCAGAGUACGAGGGACAAUGCUUCAAAUUGAUCGAUUCUGGUUUAGAGGGAGAACACAGUUUGCCUUAUCAGGAAGCCGAACUUGAAUGUCGAAAAUUGGGUUCCACGUACCAUUUGGCUAGUAUUCACAACUUGGGAGCAAUGUCAUUUUUGUCCACACUGAUGGUCCAUCCUGAUGUGGUUGGGACCUCAUUUUGGAUCGGCUUGAACAAAGGAAUAGAUCAUAUGAAUUUCAUUUGGACGGACGAAUCGAAUAACAACUACUUCAAUUGGGAGGCUAACCAGCCAUCAUAUGACGCCUACGUGGAUUGCGUAAAAAUUAUGGGGUCAGGUUCAAUUAACAAGAUUGGUCAAUGGAGCGUGGCCGAGUGUUAUGAAAAUUUGCCAUAUAUUUGUCGAGGACGACCUUCUUUGGACAACUCUGACCCUCCACCUACCGAGAAAUGUGCUCUAGAAGGCUUCGAUCAUUUUGACAGCUUUUACGGAAAUUGUUAUUUGUACGUGAAGGAAGAGAAGAGUUGGAAUGAUGCGGAGCAAUACUGCCAAGAACAAAAUGCCCAUUUGGCUUCAGUCGAGAACUUGGCCGAGAACUCUUACCUCGUGAAUUUUAUGGCAGCCCAACACACCUGGAUAGGAUUGAGCAAUGUUGGGCAUCAUGAAGAAAUGGCGUGGUCAGACGGGUGGCCAACUAAAUAUGACAAUUGGGGCAAUGAUCUCAACAUCGGAGAGGACAUGGACCUUUGCGGCCAGUACAAUAACACCGACGGCAAAUGGUUUGCUACUGCCUGUGAUGAAAAGCUAAGCUUUGCUUGCAAAUAUUCCGAGAAGGUUCCACCAACCCUUGGUCCUUUUGGCGAGUGCCCCGAAAAUUGGGAGGAUUUGCCUGGACCAUUCUGUUAUAAUUUUCUCCAAGACUCAGAGUUGGGAGUUCCUUUCUCCGAAGCUUUAUUUCAAUGCCAAAAGCAAGGCGGCGACCUUUUAAGCAUCGGAGAUGCCGAAGAGAAUGAGAGGAUUCAAAAAUUCGUUCAGGAUCUCAAACGUGACAUUUGGAUCGGCUUGGUUGACGUAGGAGACGGAGAUUGGAAGUGGUCCGACAAUUCCGCCUUCGUUUACACCAAUUGGGCUCCGGAUGAACCCAAUGACGUCAGUGAGGAAUGUGCAAUGAUGUUCCACGACAACGGCCAAUGGAAUGACUUCAAUUGCAACACCUACGAGCUCGGAUAUGUUUGCAAAAGAGACAAGAUUCAAGGCCCGACAACUCCAAAACCAGACGAAAUCUCAACCAAACCUUCAGAAACGACAACCACAACUAAAAAAUCGUCAACUAGUACCACCCAUGCACCAACCACAUCAAAAGAAGAUAGUGAUCCGGAUCCUUCAGAGAAAGGCCUCGGGGGUGGAGCUAUCGCUGGUAUCGUAAUCGGCUGUUUGAUUGCAGUGGGCGGAGCAAUAGCCGGACUGAUGAUUGUCAAGCAACAUAAUAUCAUGCCUUUGAGACAAUUUUCAAAAGGGAACCAAAAAAAGACACGGACGACAGAAAGCUAUGACAGCCCUGUGUAUAUGAAUUUCCAAGACGAGGAUCCAGAAGAGAUCCAAACGCAUGCAUGAAUCAUUGAGCGAUCAUUUUGCAUUUAAAAAACUGAAGCAUUUACCAAAACCUCUAUCAUCAUUUGAAAUAAACCGUCAAUUGCA